GCUUUUGAGAAGAUUGUUGUUUACAGGGAGGGGGCUGUCCUGUGGAGGUGAGGAGAACAAGCCAUUCUCUUCCUGCUCUUUGUUUGACACUUACUUUCUGUCAGCACUUUUGUUUGGCUACUUCUGAUUUUACCUUCUCACUCAACCCUCAGCGACAUGUGUGAGUGUUUUUAAUUGGGCCCGUGUUGAAGGCAGUAGCUUCCUGUGUGGGUUGUGAUUUUGGAGGCUCCUCCUGCUGCCAUGUGUGACACAAAGAGCAUGCAGCAGUUCAACCUCACACCAGUUUGGAUGACUUUGCUCUGAGACCUGGCUGAUUACUGAGCGAGCCUGUUCACCUGGAAGAUGGAUGAGAGGAAGCCAAGGACUUUUGUUUCUACCUUCCACUUGACCCUCAAGUCUCAGACCACUCCAGUCAUUCGGACCAAGAAGACAGAGAAUGGACAGGCAACUAAGAAGACACUGAUGGGACACAACAAGCUGGGAGUUUCAGCAGUUACAGAUGUCAAGGAGACAGAGGUCCGGUCCCUGGAUGGGCCUCACUUCCAGACCCCACUGAAUGACUGCACCAUCAGCGCAGGAAGUGAUGCUGUUUUUCAAGCUGUGAUCACAGGAAGUCGACCUCUCAGUGCUUCCUGGCUGCACAAUGGCAGUAAAGUGCCUAACAGUGAGACGUUCUUCAUAAAUGGAGUUGCAAGUUUGACCCUGAACAAGUGUAAACCUGGAGAUGCUGGGACCUACACGUGUGUGGUUGAGAACAUUGCAGGGAAACAGUCAUGUAGCGCUCAGCUAUAUAUCACAGAGAACGUGCCCACUAUAGACGUAGACAGUAACCAGAAGCUGCACCGGGAGAGUGAGAGCACAGACUUGGCCUCAACACCAAAGAGGUUGGGAUCUAGUGAAGAGCCUCCCGUUGAGUUCUUGGAGCCACCGGAGCAGGUGGAGGUCAGAGUUGGAGAGCCAGCCAGCUUGUUAUGUGACUUCAGGAGCCGCUCCACGCCUGUGGCCUGCUGCUGGAUCUUCAACAGAGACAACGUGUUGGAACAAGGACCCAGGAUGUCUGUGAGCAGCAGCGAGAGUCGAAGCAGUGUGCAGAUCCCCCAGACGUGUAGUGGUGACACCGGCUCCUACACUCUUGUGGUCAGAAACAGACAAGGAUCAGCGCAGCACACGGUCUCCCUCAGCGUUGUUGAUCGGCCUGAGCCUCCGGCCUCCCACCCUGUGGUGUCCCAACUGUCCACUCAGUCCCUGGUCUUGUCCUGGAUGGGUCCCAGUUAUGAUGGAGGCUCAGCUGUGCAGGGCUACAUCGUGGAGAUGAGACAGGAGGGUCUAGGGGAGCUUGACAGCUGGACUCAGGUCGCCAGCCGCUGUAAGAGCACUUCAUACCAGGUCAGUGCAGGCCUGGAGCCUCAGGCUCAAUAUCGCUUCAGAGUGCGUGCCUACAACUCUGCGGGAGUCAGUGAGCCGAGUCUGCAGUCAGACUGUGUCACCAUGUCUGAGACAAAAGAAGAAAAGAAAGAGACGUAUGCGACCGUAACCAUCGACACCAAACACAAAGUCAGAGAUCAUUACAACGUUUUGGAAAAGCUGGGCUUUGGGAAGUUUGGUCAGGUGUUCAAACUGUCCCACAAAGAGUCUGGCCAAGUGUGUGCUGGGAAGUUCUUUAAAUCCAAAACGUCAGCUGCACGUCAGGAGAUCAAGCUGAUGAACCGCCUCCACCACCCGAGGCUGGUCCAGUGCCUGGCUGCCUACGACACACGCUCAGAGCUGGUGAUGGUCAUGGAGUACAUUGCUGGUGGGGAGCUCUUUGAGCGCCUGGUGGAUGAUAACUUCGAACACACAGAGCUGACCAGCGCUCGCUACGUCCGUCAGAUCCUGGAGGGCAUGCAGUUUGUGCACAAGCAAAACAUUGUGCACCUGGACCUGAAGCCAGAGAACAUUGUGUGCGUGGACACCACUGGAACUCAGAUCAAAAUCAUUGACUUUGGCUUGGCCAGCACUCUGGAGGAGGGUAAACCUCUCCUGGUGAUGCAUGGAACCCCCGAAUAUGUGGCCCCUGAAGUGAUCAACUAUGAGCCAGUGAGCCUGAAGACCGACAUGUGGAGCAUUGGAGUGAUCUGCUUCCUUUUGUUGUGUUCAGAAUCUCCAUUCCAAGGAAACACAGAUCAUGAAACCUACGCCCUUGUGACUGCUGCCCACUACCAGUUUGACGAGGAAAGUUCUGAGGUCCUCUCGGACCAAGCCAAAGACUUCAUCAGAGCUCUGCUCCAAAAGGAUCAAAGAUGUCGGUUGUCCUGUACAGAAGCCCUCUACCACCCCUGGAUAGUUUCUUUCACACCUUUGUCCCGCCGCCAGACAAAGUCCCUCAAUAAGAAGAAGAUGAGACGCUUCCUGGCCAAGCGCAAGUGGAAGAAAACUGGCAAGGCUGUUUUGGCCCUGCAGCGGAUGUCUAACCUCUCCAGCAGGCCAGACUCUCCUGGCGGGCUGUCAGAGGAGCCAUGCUGGAGCCCAGCAGCAGAGGAGGCCAUCCAGUCUCUGGACAAGCAGCUGCAGAGUGAACCUCGCUUUCAGCAGCCCCUGAAGGACGUGGCUUUUCCAAGAGGGGCCACAGCUAACCUGACAUGCAGAGUUCACGGUUACCCCUUGCCUGAGGUCAAGUGGCUCCACAACGAGAUGCCAGUGUGUGGUUCUUCCAGAGUGACAGCGACUGUACAAGACGACGGCACCUGCUCUCUUGUUCUCUCCGACUUGGAGCCGUCAGACUCUGGUGUUUAUGUCUGCGGAGCCAGCAACAAAGUAGGACAAGCCAUGUGUUCUGCUCAGCUCAGGGUGUCAAAGUGAGCUGGUUCAGACAGAAAACGGAACUGAAUUUUGUAGGGUGUAAAACACUGAACACAUUUAUCAACAUUCACUCAUCCACCUGCUUGGCUCACACCGUCACCUGUGUUGGCUUCAUCAAAAGCCACAGCUGUUCUACUGGAUAUUCACUUGACCCUUAACACUUUUUUCCAUGCAAAUUUUACCUCAUAAUAAAAGUAUAUUUUGUUGAACACGUGGGUUAUUUUCACACUGCCUAGUAACAUUAAAUGACAGAAUAGCAGAAAGUAGAUCUGAGUAGAUAUUUUUAAUCGGGAAUUCAUAGUGCGAGACAAUAGCGACAAAGUGAGACGCCCAGGUUCUGUGGAUUCUGGUGAUCUGGUGUUAAAUGUAGUAGGAACCCAAUGAGGGGACACUGAGGCAGGAAACGUCUCGCCAGUACAGUACAUCUCACGACCAAAUUUUAGCUUGACUUUUCCAUCAUAUCCCAUUUCACAACUACUGAAAGCAAAGCUGUUGAUAUGGAGGAUCAUGAAAGGCAUUUCACUUUACAUCAAAUACUGUGACUUAUUGGACCCAUACUGGGAGAAUCAGACCAACGGCCUUUCACUUGAUACAGAAGACAAGAGUUAUAGGAAAGCGAUUGUGUCCACCUGGUGCAGACUAGAAUAAACAGGAUGACUUGUGUGAAACAGCCACGGUGACCGUAGUCAGAACAUGUCUGCAUGCAACAGGCAGACGAUCCCUGGUCAGGUUUGGAUAAAGUCGAGUGUUAAACGUGGCCAAAAUGGUUUGAUUUUCCCUUCCCGUUUCUCCAACUGAUGGUUUGUUACAGAAAUAAGAUCUUCAUUCUGGCUUUGUUAUCUUGACUCAUUUUAUUUCACGAUUACAUAAUGCAUUAUUUCUGCAUUUUCUUGCGUUGCUUUCGCUGCUCGCACACACACAACAUACACAGAAUCAUUCAUUCUGUACAUAAAGCUCAGGGAUGAUGUGCAAAUGAAACUUUUUGAAAUCAUACUCUGACCUCAACUCGGUGGACCAACUCUCAAUACAAGUUAAAAUCGUUCAGUUACAUAUAAAACGUUUAAAUGACUUCAGAAUUCUCUUUAACGACAAACAGAAAUGUCAGGACACCCUUUUCUGUCAACACAUGAAAAAUAUCAAUUGAUAUUUGCUCCUCUUUAACACAGCAGCUCCCACCAAAUAUUAAGCUGCCACACGUCAGUAUCAUCACAGCGCUGAGCAGUUUAGAGCUGGUGGGAAGACUACCUUUCCUGAUGUUAACGGACUGAAGGCUACAUAACAUUAAAAAUAAAAUAAUUAGAUACUUUAUUAUGGCUGAAGAGUAGGACAGGACUGUUUAUGGCAGAAAGCUCUUUGAGCUACUACAUACUUGACAUGAUUAUCAUCUUUUUGUACCCCGAAUGCUACACAAAAUUUCGAUUUAAAAAUCAGGUGACACUAUCAGGCACUCGGUCUUGAUCAAGGAGGUCAGGUGUGUUUCGUUUCUGCAGCAUCAGACUAUUAAGGCCGUCGACAGGACAUUCUUACUGAUUCUCUCUCUGUUGGACUCGCUCCUGCAGAAGAUUCCAGGCCUUUAGAACCUUCGGUGUCAAAAACAAGCAAUGUUUCACCACAACAAAUAUGACCAGAGGCUGAUUUUUAAAAUUUAUUUUACCUGUUUUUGGGUGAACUCUGGUUCCCAUAGAGUGCUGAGGACCACAUUAGCAUGCUCCACCUGCUUGGUGUUGGACCACUGACUCUGUAGUCGACGCUCAGCUUCCUGGGUGGAAAUCUUAUCUCGCCGCAUUAUUCUCUGCACAGCCUGACAAGCAAGACAGUCAAACUCUGGUAACAUAUGUGGAAAUUUCACACGACAACUAAUUGUACAGUGAACUAGAAACACAGCUUGUUUCAAAGCUCAAUUCACAUGUUCUCACUAUACAGUCACAGCUGUUCUAUUCUAGUGAUAUUUUCACAAUGCACAACAAUACUAAAUGACAGAAUAGCAGAAAUACUUUUGUUAGUCUGAAUAGAACGGUGACGGAGAUAGUAGUACUAUGGAAAAAAACACGGCAGAUGUGGUCGAAGCUGCAGGAGAACACACACAGUGAAUAGUGGUGGAAGCAGUGAUGACGGUCUCAUAUUGUACACUGUGUACAAUAGUGUACACACUGUACAUUAUUGCACACUUCAUCUUUAAAAGUGAUAUCAAAGUGAAAAAAACUCUGACACCUAAAGGGUAAAUUAUGCUCUGAGACUCAGACCGGUGAAUUGUAGGAAAUGCAUGUGUUUGGAAGAAGAGUAAUGCCUGUCCAUAACAUCAUUUCUCCAGAAUGCAUGGAAAAACAAUAGAGCAUAGGUGCUGGUGGAGUUUAUCAACGAAAACCCGGGACAGAAUUAACACUAUUUAUCAUCAUGAUCACCAACAAGAGCCAUUAGUCUCUCCAAACACAAAAGCAGUGACACAGAAACCAAGUACCUCUUCUCCAGGGAUGAUGGUCACCCAAACCUCGUGAACCAUGUCAGUCCAACCAGCCUCCAGAAGAACUGCAGCAUCAAUCACACACACACCUUUGCCUGACCGAGACAAAGAAGAUGAGAAGUUAUGUUAAAAUUGAUACUACACCGUUGAUACUGUAUCGUUGAAGGAAGAAAAAAUGUGGAUCAAAGCUAGGCUGGUGAUUGAAGCCUACUACUACUUGGCUCCUGUCUCUUACGAGAAGCUUCCGCGCCGGCUUGCCACACCGAAUCAUCACAGCUCAUUACAACUCAUUAUCCUGACAUAUCCAGCCAGCCCUAGUUGAAAGUAAAAUGAAUUGGCAAGUCUGCGAAUCUGAAGAAAAACUAUGGUUCUUGGGAGUCACUGCCUGAUUUUGCUGACAAAACAUUUGAUUCAUGCAAAGUCUUAAGUUCCCACCAGGGACGAGCUGUCACGUCAAGGGAAAAUAUUCUCAAUAACACCCCGGCUCCAACAUAACACAGCAAUUUAACCAGCAUGUCUCAACUCGUAGUGCUGUGAUGCAUGCAUUUUAAUGUCUUCACUGCAGUUCUAAUGAACAAAUCUGAACUUUCAUGAGGCUCUCUCAGGUCUUGUAAAGAAGUGUAGCAGGCGUGCCGGCUCAUAAAGUACCUUCGGCUCUGGCUUGGCUGACCAUGUCCUUUACCAAAAGAGCAAUUGCUGGCCACACAAUAUCAGUUAAAGCUUUUAAACGUUCCUGCAGGGGGAACAACAAAAAAAGUUAAACACAUAUGAAACAUGAUUUAUAUAAAGUAAUAAUGAAGUGUACAAAUCUCAAAUAAGAUCACCUGGUUUCCAAACACCUUUCUUCCUAAUGCUCUUCUGUUGAUACUUUUAUCUUCAUUGAGAAUAUCUGUAAAAGAGAAAAUAUGUUUAGAUAAGAAUGGGUAAUGAAUAAUGUCAGUUUCAUCCACUGAUCUUGCAUGUACAUUUUUAAAUAUAUAUUUUUGCCACAUUAAAGGGUAUCCUGGGAGUCCUGCACCGACUAUAAUGUGGAAAUAAUAAUGAAAAUAAGUAAAUACAAAUCUACAACUGCUUACGAUGGUGAUAAGGCAGUGUUGAGUUGCAGUGCGGCCACCACUACACUAACACAUAGAAAGUUUGCCAGGUAAUAAUAGCUGAAGUGAUCUUUAGAAAUAUGUAAAUAAAUUCUGUUGCAUUUCAUUUAACAUUCCAAAUGCCUGGUUGAUGUUAGACAAUAGAUUCGUAGAUACUGGUUACAUGUAUAGCAUUUACUUCAGAAUGCUAUAGCGACCCCUGAUGGUGAUUGUUUAUGCGCUUUUUAAAAACAAAAAUCAUGCAUGCUGAACAUGUAACAAAUGAUACUUAGAUUUGAAUACAUUACAAAAACAAAGGACUAUAAACACAGUGAUGUAGACAUAGACAUUGUGAUGAAUGAACGUGAAUUCAGAGCACGACAUUAAAGCAUUGAUUCAAUUCAUUCAUGACUGAGUUUGAAAUUUUAAUGAAACCUCACAGUCACAAUAGAGGCCUAACUGCCAUUUCAAAGUUUAGUUUUCUGUACAUGCCCAAAUGGAUGCAAUGCUACAGUUUUAUCAGAGCAACAAAGUCAGUCUUCCGCACGUCUUACCUUGGCCAAACUCUUCUAACACUU